UUUAACUGUCAACCAAGCACCAAUAAAAACUCAAAAAUGUUCAAAUACGUCGCAUUCUUUGCCCUCCUUGCUGUUGCUGCUGCCAAGCCCGGUCUGCUCGCUGAGACACACACCAUCGUUCAACCAGCUGUGGUUGCUAAAACUGCCUAUGUCGAUACUAGCGCAUCCUCGGCCAUAACUCACCAGAGCCACGUGAACCUCGUCAGGAAAGUGCCAGUUGUUCCAGUCGUCCACGCCGCACCCGUCGUACAUGCAGCCCCUGUCUUGAAGACCGUCUCCGCUCCAGUGGUACAUGCAGCCCCUGUGGUUCACUCCGCUCCAGUCUUGCAUGCCGCCCCCGUAGUUCACUCCGCUCCUGUCGUCCAUGCUGCUCCUGUGGUUCACUCGGCUCCCGUAGUUCAUGCUGCUCCCGUUGUCCAUGCUGCUCCAGUUGUCCACUCGGUGGUCCAUUCAGCCCCUCUAGUCAAAACUGUAGUAUCAUCUCCAUUAGCCUACAGCAUCCACCAUUAAAAAAAUAUGUAAAUUAAAGGUGAUAUGAGAAAUACAGCGGCAGAAAAUUGUUAACAAAAUAUUUAAAUAAUAAAAAGACGAUUUUAUAAAAAUA